AUGAGUUCAGAAAAAGCCCCAGUCAUUACAACUUCCCAUGAAGAUGAAGACAUUUUGAAUGCCUUUGAGAUCCCCUCAAUGGCUUUUGUUUCCAUGGUCUUGAAAGGCGUCCUUGAGCUGGGGAUUCUUGAAUUGCUGGCCAAGUGUGGCCAGCUCUCUCCGUUGGACAUUGCGGCCCGGCUCUCCAUCGACAACCCGGCUGCGCCAGACAUUCUCAACCGGAUGCUGCGGCUCCUCGUGAGUUACUCCAUCUUAUCAUGCACUCUCGUGGAGGAUAAAGGCGGCCGCCCCCAGAGGCUCUACUGCCUUGGGCCUCGGAGCAAGUUCUUUUUGGACAACAAUGGAGCUUCUACUGCAGCACUUCACAUGCUACAACAAGACAAGACUGUCCUGGAAUGCUGGAACUACCUUAAAGAUGCAGUUAAGGAAGGAGGGGCAGAUCCUUUCACCCGUAGGAACGGCAUGGGCUUGUUCGAUUACAUGGGCCGAGACGCGAGAUUGAACGACCUGUUCAACAAGGCGAUGAGGAACUUGUCGGCAUUUUACAUGCCCAAGAUCGCUCAGCAUUAUAGCGGGUUUUCAAAGGCGAAGACGGUCGUCGAUCUGGGCGGUGGCGUCGGCGAGACCCUGAAAACCAUACUCUCCAAGAACCCCCACAUCCGCGGCAUCAACUAUGACUUGCCUCAUGUGAUCGCAGCUGCUCCUCCCAUUCCUGGUAAAAUCGAUCCCAAUGUUAUCGAAGGUUUUGUGUGCAUACGAACCGUAAUGAGAGCUCGCUCGACUUCAUGUUUCACAUAA